UAUAACUAGACGUGCUUUAUAUCAAUGAAAGUGACAUGUGUGUGCUAGGAAAAUAUAUUUAAUUCGCCACGGACAGAAAUAUGAGCAGUGGUAACAUUUGUGGUGACAUUGUUGUGAUCAGCUGACGGUAGCCUCUUAUGAAUUGAAUUUAUUUGCAACCACUUUUUUCCUUUGGCGUGCACUAAGUCAGCAAGAAUCAAGCAGAACCAUGUCCAGUGUGAGGUGGGGAGCACGGUCCCUUCGGAGGCUGCUGUCUAUUCAGAAUUCUCAGAUUAUAAGUAAAAAUGGUAUUGUGUGCUCAAGGGUGUGGGGACACCAAAUGAAGGGGAGAACACUGCUAGUGGUUCGUCCAUUGAGCACCACCUCCAUCUGGCUGCAGUCUUCCUCCACAGGGCCGCCAUCAGAUGGUUCAGGUGGGGACAAUGGAAAUGGAGAUAAGGAUGCUCAGAAGAACAAGAAUGAGAAGAACCAGCUGUGCUGUCCCAAAUGUGGAGAUCCUUGCAUUCAUGUGGAAACAUUUGUGUCUUCAACAAGGUUUGUAAAAUGUGAGAAAUGCCACCACUUCUUUGUUGUGCUGUCAGAAGUUGAUUCAAAGAGAAAGAAGAAAGAGAAGAGAGAUGAUGCAAAGACUUCCUUUAGCCAUAGAUCACCUCCUCCACCUCCAAAGAAGAUCUAUGAAUUCUUAGACAAGCAUGUAGUAGGUCAGGAACGCGCAAAGAAGGUGUUGAGUGUGGCUGUGUACAACCACUACAAGCGCAUCUAUCACAAUAUUCCACAGACCAAGACAGAUUCCCUCCACCUGGACACAGCCUCUAUAUCACAAGGACUCACCAACAGGGACAUUGGGACUCUGGACCUACUUCACAUUGCUGGCAUCAGUCAGAGUCAUGCACUGGGGGUCAAUGCAACUGAUCAGCAGCAGCAGCAAGACUCACACCAGCAGAUGGAUGACCAACAGCAAGGACGUGGAAAGCAGGGCCUUUCCAGCAACUCUCAUGGAUCAGAUAUUUUGGAUGCUACUACUCACCUCCUGCGGCUUGAGAAAAGUAACAUUCUUCUCCUAGGUCCCACUGGCUCAGGCAAGACCCUUUUGGCCCAGACAAUAGCACAGUGCUUGGAUGUACCUUUUGCCAUCUGUGACUGCACUACCCUCACUCAGGCAGGUUAUGUAGGUGAGGACAUUGAAUCAGUUAUCGCCAAGCUGCUGCAGGAUGCUAAUUACAAGGUGGAGAAAGCACAGUGUGGCAUUGUGUUCCUGGAUGAGGUGGACAAGAUUGGAGCAGUGCCUGGCAUCCACCAGCUGAGGGAUGUUGGGGGUGAAGGAGUGCAGCAGGGAAUGUUGAAGAUGUUGGAGGGAACAGUGGUGAAUGUACCAGAGCGCAACUCUCCGAGGAAGCUUCGUGGUGAGACUGUGCAGGUGGACACGACAAAUAUCCUGUUUGUGGCAUCUGGUGCUUUUAAUGGCCUUGACCGUAUAAUCUCCAGAAGAAACAAUGAGAAGUACUUGGGCUUUGGCAUUGGAGGACAGUCAGCAGGCCGGCGAGCAGCAUCACAAGCAGAUGUGGCCCACCAGACAGCUUGCACAGAUGCAGAGGAGGAUAACCAGGAGAAAGAUGCACUGCUGUCCCAAGUAGAGGCUCGGGACCUAAUUGAAUUUGGCAUGAUUCCAGAAUUUGUUGGACGGUUUCCUGUGUUGGUGCCUUUCCACUCCCUGACUAGAGCCAUGCUUGUUAGAAUUCUCACAGAACCCAAGAAUGCCCUCAUCCCACAGUUCCAGAUGCUCUUUGGUAUGGACAAGGUUGAGUUAUCAUUUACCCCAGAGGCCAUGGAUGCCAUCUCCCAGCAAGCCAUGGACAGAAAGACCGGAGCCAGGGGUCUGCGCUCCAUCAUGGAAAACUUAUUGUUGGACUCUAUGUUUGAGAUUCCUGGUUCAGACAUUGUGAGUGUUCACAUCACAGCUGAAUCAGUGAGAGGAGAAGCAGCCCCAAUUUUUGUACAUGGCCAGCCAGUCCCUUCAGAAGAAGACCAAGAGGAGGAGCAGGUUUUGGCACAGGCUAAAUGAAUCUAGGUUCGAUAUAGACAUUUACUGGUAUGUCCAGUUUAUAGGGUUUUUUUUCUUAGUGACUGAUGUAUCCCAAAUUGAAGUGUGGUGGUCUUGUGAGAUUAAUUGUGGUUGUGAAGGUAACAGGCAAACUAGUCAGUUCAGAGUUUUUUUCUUAAUUUUCUGUCAGUAAACCAAGGCAGUAAUUUUCUUAAUUUCACACCAGUUAAUCCACAUUGUUGUGUACUUUUAAAACUGUUUUAAAGCAAAAUGUUGAUAGGUUUCAUCACAGAUUCCAAGAAUUUGUGUCCAUUUUAUAUUUUGUAGAGAAUAAUUACAAAAUUUGGUUGAUCUAAGACUGUCUUUGAAUAUAUGUUGCAUUUCAGCUUUAUAAUGCUGGUAGCUUAUUUUACUGUCUGCAUCAGAAACACUAGAAAUUAGUAUCUAAACAUAAUUGGUUGACACACAGGUCUAGAUCAUGAGAAAAGGAUGCAUUCCUUAUGUUGACAUAAAUUAUUAACUCAGGGGAGAUAUUUUGAGUUAGUGAAAAAUUUCAAUUGGAAGAAAUCCUUAGUUUGUCUAGGUACCUCUGAGACCUGUUUUGAGUGAUUGUGAAAUCCUUGGCAUCCUACUCAUGAAGAGUUUUGAUGUGGGGAGCUUUCGUAUGAAAAGACAGCUAGUGUGAAAAAUGCUGGCUUUAUUUCUGGAACAUCGAGUUAUCUCAGUCCAAUCAGCCAUUGACCACUGGUGUUUGCUAAUAUAAGCAAGGCAUGAAUCACAGUUGUCCCAAUAACUGCUCAACUGUGGUUUUAUGAGAUGGUUGGCAGCUGCCCUGCAGAACCUGAUUAUGACAAUCUCCACUGGGAGAACUUCUAAGGAACAAGUGUGAGAUAUAGAAAGAAAAAGCAUAACUUCAAGAGCAAGUCACUGGUCUCUUUUAUUAUAUUACUUGCUGUGAAUCUUUUUGCAUGUUCUUUACUCCCCAUCUGGUUUCAAGCAAUGUGACAUUUUGAUGUAUGCACCUGGACUCUUACCAAUUCUAAGGAAAAUUGUAUUUGCACAUUGACCAAAAUGUUCAUUACUGUAGUUAUAUUGUUCAGUCUUCUGGUACAAAGUUUUAUAUUGAUUAUGCAUAUAUAUUGCUUACAAGGGAUGUUUGUGUAUCAUCUUAUCAUUAUCUUUUCAAUUCAUCCCGUCCAUUUUUCAUACUUUACUUCUUAAUGUGUCAUUACAUUAAACUUGGUACUGGGGAAAGAAAUCUAAUGCACUGAAAAGAGGUAAAUUCUUUAUAGGUCAUACCAUGCUGAAAACAAGUAGAUGUGGAAAUUCUUGAGUUGAGCCUCUGGCAUUAUGAUGAGGAUGAUGUGGUAUGGCCUUGUGCACAGAGCCAGACACCAUCAUGGUAAUGCAUGCAGGAAAUGCAGUGAUCAGAAACAUAUCUGUGAAGAUUUUGUUUUCUUUAUUUUUGCAUAUUGAACAUAGGUAUUUCUGGUAAUAUUCUAUGCAUAAUUACUUGCCAUGCCCUGAUUCUAGUGCACUGUAGAACUGAUUGCUACUUUGUUUAAUAAUGAUUGCUCCUCAGCUUUAGGAUUUCAUGCCAUUUCUUCAUGCAUUGAGCCACAUUGCCAUAACUGAACCGCAAUGAAGAGAUCUAUGUAGUCUUACAAUAGUUCCCAGAUAAAUCCAAUCAUGCCAUUACCAUUAUGGUACUUAGGGGCUGAGAACCAGUGUGUUAUACACACUUCUCACUUUCCAAGUCAUUAGUUUAAUUUUGGACCACUGUGUACAACAUUGGUGUCAUCUGUAUUUAUCUAAAAUUGACUUAUCUUUCUUAGGAACAUUUCCAUUGUUGUGGAGCCAUUAAUAAAUCAGUUAGUUAUGCUGACGUGCCAAAAGUCAUACAUAUCAUUACUCUGCUGCAGUGCAAACAUGUAUCUACUUGUUUUCAACUUGAACAUAUAGUUACACAACAAAAUGUGCAUCAUGUGGUGAAACCAUGGUGAUAUACUAAUGAUCUUUGAACUAAAGUUGACUUGUUUUACAAAUUUGCAUAUCUGUUGCUGCCUCAAUACAUUUUUCUUUUUUCAUAAGCUUGUAAUAUAAUUUAAUGAAAGGUGCAAUAUAAAACAUUUUUGUAGGAAUUUGGUAAGAAAUACUGGAAUACUUUUAUUGUAAUAGACUUUCUCCUUUUUAUUGACUACCUUUGCAAUACGAAUCCCUCAAAAAUGAUGACCAGAUCCUCAGUACCACAUCUUAUUUGUCACCCACUCUUUCCUUGCGUUUCAACAGGUAUUGUUGGUGUCAUACUUCAUGCUUUAAGUAUUAGAUACUUUACUGUCUGGAGUUCCAUUAUCCAGUACAUUUGCAUAUAUUCCUUCAGAAUAUUAUGUUAUGACUGGUAGAGGAAGGAACUCUUCAUUGGGAAAUAAUUUUUAUUUAUUUAUUCUAUUUUAUUUUAUUUUUUUCUUUUUUCUUUCUCUUUUCAUCAAUGGGGAGACUGAUAUUACUAAUGAAAAACCUCCUUUCACAUUAAUUUGUACAGUCAUGUUUCACAUAAUUUUGUUUAGAUAUGUAUUGGCAUGAAAUGCUGAUGUGACCUGGGGUUCAUACUAUAUGUUAGUUACAACCUCUGUGGAAAAUAUUAACUACAUUUCACUGCAUGGUGAAGAAUAGAGCACAGCAGUCAAGAGUGUGUGAUUUGGAAUUGGGUUUUCUGAGAGGGGCAUGUGGACAAGAUGGGAGGAUGACAGCAAUGAAAAUGUGUUAGUGGAAUGGAUCAAAAGAGACCUGCUGAGAUGGUGAAGGUGGAAGGAUAAGGUAAAGGAAUACAUCUAUGAAUGCUUAUGUGAAUGCUUAAAUAGACAAGAAGGAAGUUUCAAUACUUAUGCCCUUGAGGAAUGCUCUCAAAGGGAGCAAGGCAACAGAGAGAUGGAUAAAUAGAUUGAUAGACAAGGAAGAAAUUCUAAUGAAGAUGACCAUCAUACAUUCUAUGUACUGAGAGGCAGUAGAUUCAUUUAGCAUCUAGCAGUUACAUUCUAUAGUCUACUAAGCUAGAGAAAAUCAUUAAAUGCUACCAAAGCUGUCACAGUUCUCACAGGAAAAAGACUAUGUUGCAACUUGUUUACAUGCCCAUUGCUAUUUUAUGUUAGGUUAGGUUGUGCUUAUAUUUUAUUUUUACAGAACCUAAGAAACUUAAAUACAGAUACAGAGGUAAUGUCACAAAUACAAACAGAGGAAAUGUCACAAUAAAGGAGAUAGCAAGGAAAAUUAAAGGGAGUAAAGUAACAAAUAAUGUCUUGAGCAAGGAAAUUUAAAAGGAGUAAAGUAACAAAUAAUGCUUGUUAUGUAAGCUGUUCGUAUUUUAACAGAGUAUGGAAGAGUCCAUUGCUUAGAGCUUGAGACAUGCAGAAGUAACUCUCAGUCUUCCCACAGGCAAGGCAGAGCAAACCAUACAGGGGAGGGUAGAAAAUGAUCUGAACAUGGCAUUGUGGCUCAAGGCAAAGAGUGUUCUAAACUGUUUUUUGGCCAAGAAAAAGAAUGCAUUUAUCUAAAGGCAUAAAAACUAAACAUUGAGUAUUGGUGAAGAACGAUGUUGAACGAUGAUAUGUUCAAAAGUUCUACAACUUAUUGGCAAGGUGGUUAGAGUGCCACUAGAAUGUCUAAGUGCACAGUUAAAAUAAUGAGACAUUAGUUGAAUUCAACAUGUGUAUUUCCUUUGCAAGAAGUUUAGAAAAAUUGUGGCUCGUAUAUUAUGAAUGUGCUGGAGAACCAUCUGCUGCCUUUUCAGUAGAGUUUGCAGCUGUGAUUGGUUCAUGACCUGUGUCAUUCAGGUAUUAAUGAACUUAUGAUGACCUAUGUGACUUUUGACCCUUCACAUUUAUGAUUUCUUGGAUUAUAUCAGUACAGCAGGCAGCAUUCACACAUGCAAAUAUUUCCCUCACUGCCUGUUCACUUCCUCAGUCUCCCAGUGGCCACAGUCCCCCUACAUACCUCUCACUAACUUCUACUCUGUGGUCAUCUCUGACUCUGAAAUACCUACAGAGGAAGAACAUUACUACUGAUUGCCCAGCCAAGAACUGAUGGAAAUACAUUUGAAAUCUGAGGCAUGACGAUUCCAACAUAGGAGCGUGUUGACUUAUGACUUGUCAGUCAGAAUGUAAUCUGGUCAAAAGUUGACAGUUAUCUGUACAUCAAGAAGCCAGAAAUGGAGCUGAGGGAAUUGAUAUCCUAAAGCUUAAAUUCCAUUGAAAACUGCUGAGCUACAAUGAAGCAGAAAUUAGGAAACAUUCAACUUCAUUGAAUAUCAUCACUAAUGGAAGCACUCAAAACUGUGGACCAAUAAAAAUUAACCAUUCAUUCUUCAAGAGCCUUGUAAACUGUAUGUGAAAAUAUCUCUGGAUAGUCAUACAUGCUAUAGAACAAAUGGCAAAGUAGUAGCAGAUAAUGAGAAAUAAUUUAAUGACCAAUCAUCCCCUCUGAAAUGAGAGCUUGUUAUUUUUCAUGGUGGCUAUACUGACUCUUUAUUACAGUCUGUCUUCUGUUGCUUAAAAAAAAAAUCUGCAAGCUGGUUCUUCAUUUUAUAGCAGCAUGUGGUUGAUUGUUCCUUGCAAAUCCUGUGAAUUGGCUUCUUUACACUUUGAGAAUGAAUUUUUCUUCAACAACAUAAGUGCAUAAUAUUUUAUUCAUUUCCUAUCCGUGGAUAUUAAAAAAAAACAUGGAUUAGAAAUGCCUUAUGCAAUGGAUGGUUGGAAAUAAGAGAAGAGCUCUUAAGUUUUUAGGAAUGUGAAAUUAGUGGAAAUCAUUUAUCAAAUGAAUUGCUCAUAAAGUUGAGGUAAAAUGGGUGUGUGAUCAGAUAUAAGUAGAAAGAGAGGAGAUAUUGCUCUUUUGAUACCAAGCAAUAUGUUUCCAUAGGGCACUUAGCCUGCUCUUACUGAAUACAAUUUAGUGUAUAGUAUACAAAUAAAUUAUUUUCUUCCUUAUACACUUCAUCUUAUAUCUAAUGAUAUAAUCAUAUUUAGAAACUUCUGUUAGUGGUCUUCACCUGUCUUUAUACUGAUGGAAUAAAAACUACUAAAGAUUUUGUUAAGUAUAUGAGUAGUCCCAUGCUAGAUCUGUCUUAUUUACAAAGUAAGAAAUUUGCCCAAAAGCAUACUCAGACUGUCAAUACUUAAAUAACAAUGUCUAAAAAUGCCUACAUUAAUUUUAGUGUUUCAUCUUCCGAAUAAUUCCUGGCGUGUUAGGCAAUCAGUUCAUUCCAGUGAUCUGAGUAACUAAUUGGUGAUUCAAACUAUAAUCUAUGUAGUAUAAUUUUUAUCAGUCACCAAACAUUCUGUUAACUGGUAAAAGCAAUAAGAUAAAUUGUCUAAAUAGAGUCCUUAAAAAAUACUGAACAGAAUCAUUGACUGAAUGUGAUUUUUUUCAUGGUUUCAGUGAUCAUCAUGUACCAGAGUACUGACAUUUUUACUAUCACUGAUUAUCCUCUGGUAGAAGUUCUGGCCAAUGGUGUGAGUGAGAGGCAACAGAAUGAAGACCCUGACUUCUUGCCAUUGAGUUAGCUCAACUGUACAUGGGUUGGAGGGUUAGUUGCUCACCUGCAUUUUAUUGAUGAUAUCAUAAUAUGCUGUUAGAAGUCACUUUCCUGUUUCUCCUGUUCUUCAUCACACUUCUGUUUCUAAAAACUUCCUAACCUCAACCUUCUUGACUUUCCAUCUUUACUUAAUAUGUCCAAAGUAAUGGAUAACAAUAGUGAAUGUCAGACAUGUGGAACAGCACAAGAAGAAAUAGAUGGAGAUAGGAAUGUAUGACAGAUGAGUCUGUAACAAAUGGCACUGAGGCUUAUUAGCCAUGCAGAAGGGCAGUGUGAUUCAUUGGUGGCCAGUGGCAGCAGCUGACUACUUCAGUUCUGCGUGUAUUCCUUAGAUGUGUCUGGUCUGUUCUUUCCAGAAUAUUUCACUAUCAAGAAUGGGGGAAAAAAAUGUAUAUUUUUAAUUGGAUAUCAAUCCUUAUUUUAUAUCUUCACUAGGCUGACAUCCUUCUGAACCCUAUAGUGAUGGUGCACAGAGAUGAAUAAUUCUUGCAAAAGGAGGUUUUUAAGAAAAAAUUGUUCUUCCCAUGAUCAGAUUUCACUUUCUAGUGUUACCAGGUUUAUUUAUAAUUUUUUUUUAAUAUAUGUAGCUUACAGGGGUGGACAUGAUCAGCCUUACUUUACAGACACAUGGAGAGGAGGCAAAUCAAAUUCUACUUCUAUGAUAUUGACUGAGAAAAAUUACAUGGAGCAGCUUUUUAAGUGCUACCAAAGAAUGUCUAAAAUAAUACCUGGAUGCUACCAUUUGAUAUAAGGUGGGGACAACUUUGAUGCGAGUCACCAGCAAUUUCACUGACAUGCGCACUAUUGUCACCUUUCACUACAAGAGGAUAGCCAAUACAAGAUAUUAAACAUGGAGAUGAUUUACAGUCCCUUAAUUAUGUUCUUUUCAGUUGAUAUUUUUUACACCACAGGGAAUACAUAGUAGUGGAGUGUGCAGCCAGGUUGUUCCCCUUACUAGAGGCAAACCUUAUAAGUUAUAACUUACAAGGUAGACCUUGUAAGUUACUCACAUUAUAGAGCAUGCUAGGAGCAUAAACUCAAAUCCACUAGGGAUAACAAUUAGACAGGUCUGAUCUAGGACUGCUCAUGGCAUGCAGAGGUCAACUCGAGGAUCUAUGUAUUAGUUUUCAAAUUACUUUUCAACCCCUCAAGUAUCCAAAUAAGUUCAAUUCCUGCAAAACUGUAUGACUACCUGCCCUUAUCUUAAACCACAAACAAGUGCGAUUGAAAUAGACCACCUCACUAAGUUUGUAAUCAAAUGUAUAUAGAAUACUGCAUUAACAAUAUUAUAAUGACGACUUUUUAAAACCUAUAAAUUUUAUCGAAAGGAACUUAUCAGUUUAGAUGUACAUGUGGCAAGGCACAUUAUAUCUGUUGCUUUAACCACGUAGAAAAGUGUCUUCGUUAAAUGAAGAUUGCAUGUUUUUUUUUCUUUCUCUCUUCUGAUGGCUGUUUUACAGCCAGGAAAAAUGAAUGUACAUAGAUAGCACAUACUCUCUAAAAGAUCAUCAGGUUUAUGUGUUAUAUUUUGAGUUUGACUGCAUGAUAACUUUGAGUAUUGUGCUAUUAGUGUUUAUAGUUCUUGGAUAAUGGAAUUGAUGUUAAUUUGAAUUUUGUAUUAAAUAAAGUUGCUUAGUUUUCUCUA